AUGCCUCCGUGCACCGCAAGAUCAAUGUUAGCGAUGGUAGUCAUUCCAACCACCAUGUCGCAUCUAGCUUCAAUCAUUCCUCUCUUGCUUGGCGCGAAUCUGAUUCGAGCAGAACCCUUCAACACAUUCGAUGGCCCUGGCUUUCCUGCUUGCCGAGAUGUCGCCGCAGUCCACGACCCUACCACGGUCAACGAGACUAUAAGCCUCGUGCGUAACGCUGCGCAGAACCAAACGCCAGUGAGAGCGUCAGGGAAAGGGCAUAUGUGGUACGACACCAUGUGCUCCGAUGAUCCCUCCACAGUCAUCAUUCGGACCGAGCAACUCAAUCGCAUCAGCGAGUUCUCCCUCCCUGAAGGCGCACAAGAUGGGUCUGUGAUGAUUGAAGCGGGAGUUACAUUCUUCCAGCUCGCAGAGUACCUGCAUCUGAACAAUGCUAGCAUGGGCUAUACGCUUGUCAAUUGGAACAUUACCUUGGCCGGAAGUAUUGCAAUGGGAGCCCAUCGAAGCAGUCUGCGGGAGGAUAGCAUGGUCGCUGCGGGCGCGCUCGAGCUCCACAUUAUCGACGGUAGCGGUAAUCUGCGUAUCGUUAAGAGGUCUAACCAAGAUGACUGGCUUGCUGCUUCGACAUCGCUUGGGCUACUCGGUGUGAUUGUGAAAGUGAAAUUCAAGAUCUAUCCGGAUUUCAAAGUAUAUGCGAAGCAAGACACUCUCAUUGAGAAGGAGGUUCUUGAAGGCGACAUAUAUGGGAUGAUUUCGCCAUACGCGACUGCAAACUUUUGGUGGUGGCCGUACCUACGAAAGUUCCACCUCCGUUACUAUGACCCGAUUCCCGACGGCUUCUCCGACCAAGAAGGUUUCCAAUCUACCUUCAGUGUCACCAAAACUGAAGCAGAUAUCGCCACUGGAUUGCUGAACUCCGGCAAAAUUCUCGCAACGUCCAACAUGGCCGCCGAAACCCUCUUUUUCUCCCUCUGGUCACCGCCCAACUUCCGCGACAAACGCACUGACAAAGCGAUCUCGAAAUGGCCUGUGUACGGUUGGAACUACGACGUGCUCAUCGGCGGCCUGUACCCAGGCUACUCCACGCAAUGGGACUUCGGCAUGCGAGGCGAGACCCUCGAACUCGCCUUCCCCGUCACCAUCGCCAACGAAGUCCUCAAACGCGUCCGCGGUGCUUUCGACGAUGAGCUCAAAAAAGGUAUCAUAAUGACAUCAACCUACCGCUCCGGCAUCAACAUCAAGUUUGGGAAACCGUACAAUGACCUCUUAGGACAAGUCGCGACGGACACGGAAGAUGGCGCGGAUUGGAGCAAAGGCGCGCUAAUGUUCGAUUUUCCGACCUUCAAGCCCAGCUGGGGGGAUGGCGAGAGGUUUAAUGAGGCGUUCUAUGGAAGAUUGGCGGAGACGCUGAUUUCGGAGUUUCCGUGUCGUCCGCAUUGGACGAAGAAUACGCGUGAGGUGUUUCGGUGGACGGUGGAGAAGGGAAGACUAGACAGCGGGCAUCUGGAGCGAUUCAAAGCGGUGAGGGAGGAGUUUGAUCCAAAAGGGAUCUUCAAGAGUGUUGUGGGGGAGACGUUGGGUUUGUAUUAGUGGGUUCUGGUAUAUCCGUGCUAUCGAAUUUAGCUAUCUUCUGCCCACUCCCAUCUUCAUAUACUCGAGACAUAUUAUGUGCAAAUUAAAUAUAAUGAACUUCCGAGCCACCGUCCAAUUC